AUGACGAAGACGACCACUCCGAAGGACCUGCUUCCUCCCGAGGAGCUCGUCUUUGGCCGCACCUUCACUGAUCAUAUGCUAUCGAUUGAAUGGACCGCCUCGGAAGGCUGGUUGAGUCCCCGCAUCACGCCCUACCAGAAUCUCUCGCUGGAUCCCGCGACCUGCGUCUUCCACUAUGCCUUCGAAUGCUUCGAGGGCAUGAAGGCCUACAAGGAUAAGGCGGGCAAGAUCCGCCUGUUCCGCCCGGACAAGAACAUGGCGCGGCUGAACAAGUCGUCUGCGCGCAUCGCGCUGCCGACCUUCGACGGGGAGGCCCUGACCAAGCUGAUUGCGCAAUUCUGCCAGCUUGAGGAACGCUUCAUCCCCUCGACGCGUGGCUACUCGCUGUACUUGCGGCCCACGAUGAUCGGCACGCAGCGCACGCUGGGCGUCGGACCCCCCGGCUCCGCCUUGCUGUACGUGAUCGCCAGUCCCGUCGGCCCUUACUACCCGACGGGCUUCAAGGCGGUGAGCCUUGAGGCGACUGACUACGCUGUGCGCGCCUGGCCCGGCGGCGUCGGCGACAAGAAGCUGGGCGCCAACUACGCGCCCUGCAUCGUGCCGCAGAUGCAGGCUGCCAGCCGUGGCUACCACCAGAACCUGUGGCUGUUCGGCGAGGAGGAGUAUGUCACCGAGGUCGGCACCAUGAACCUGUUCGCCGCCAUCAAGAACAAGGAGACCGGCCAGAACGAGCUGCUGACCGCUCCCCUCGACGGCACUAUCCUCGAGGGCGUCACCCGCGACUCCAUCCUCGGCCUCGCCCGCGAGCGCCUGGCCCCCAAGGGCUGGAACAUCGUCGAGCGCAAGUUCACCAUGAAGGAGCUGGCCGAUGCCGCCGACGAGGGCAGGAUGCUCGAGGUCUUCGGUGCCGGAACUGCCGCCAUCGUCAGCCCCGUCAGGAGGAUCAACUGGAGAGGCCGCGACGUCGACUGCGGCCUGGAGCCCGGUAAGGAGGCUGGCCCAAUCGCCCAGCAGGUGCUGGACUGGAUGACGGCUAUCCAGUAUGGAGACGAACAGCACCCUUGGAGCUACAAGCUUUAA